AGUUGUCGUCUUCCGGGUGGAGGAUGGCAGAUGCAGCAAAAUAUCAGAGAUUAGCCAGCGAAUACGCUAAGUUGAAGGCACAAUUCCCUGUGUUGAAGAAAGCAUAUAUAGAUGAACAAACAGCCUGUAGUGAAGUAAAGGAUCAGCUUAAGGAAAAAGAGCUAGCAGUCAGGAAAUUUGAACAGGAAAUUGACAGUUUGACCUUCAGAAAUCAGCAGUUAUCCAAACGUGUAUUACUGCUACAAGAUGAAUUAGAUGAUGCUCAGUCACACAAGAAAAAGGGGAAGAACAAACAUUCAGAUGCUAGCCACACUCCAUCCUCAAUAUCAGCUGGAGUAUUCAAUGAAGAACUUCAAAGGAAGAUUGAAGAAAAUGCUAAGCUUAGUCAACAGGUAGAUGAAAGUACUCGUAUGUAUCAGGGAAGGAUAGAAGAACUUGAGGCCAAAGUGAAGGAAUAUGAAGACAAAUUUAAUCAGCAUCAGGAAGUAAAUGAUGUGAAUAAAGAGAAGAAUAAAGUAUUGAUAGAGAGACUGCAGGAAGAGAAAGCCAUGAUUGAGGUUAAACUUCAAACAUUGGAAACAGAUACUAAAAAGUACAGAUCUCGGGCAGAUAAAGCAGAAGAAAGUUUGUCAGAUGUUCAGUGUCAGCUACAGAAACAGUUAGAUACUGCCAACAAAAUAAUAUCAGAUAAACUUCCUUUUAUAGAUACAAAAAACAGAGAAUUAAAUGGUUUAAAUUUACCCACCCAUGAUAGAAAACACCAGCUACGAGCCAGAGAAUUAGUUAGUCAGACAGCUAACCAUCUGACAGAUAUGGUCCAAGCCUUGUCUAACUUCUUUACAUACUCAGAACAGAGAUCUAAGAUUUACCCAGCAGAAUGUAUUAAUGAACCAAUGAGUCCUGUUAAUAUACAGUAUUGUAAAUAUCUCCAUGAAAAUUUGCAAUAUUUACGUCCACUAGAACAGUCUUUUAAAGUUUUCCUCAGUACUCUCAAUGAAGACACAUUAACAACACUGGAGACAGCAACUGACCUGCAGAUAUUUUCCAAAAAAUUUAACACUUGUAUAGAAUAUUUUAAUAAAUUAUUGCCAUACCAGUUAUUAAGUAUCGAAGAAGAAUGUGCUGUGUCGUCUUGUACAUCAACAUUAGAAACCAAAAACAGAGACCUUCAUAAAUCAUUUAAACAUUUAAAUCAAGUCUUCAAUAAACUACAGUCUUAUAUCAGCCUUCUUGCCUCACAAAGUUCUAAGUCAUGUCCACAUCCAAAAAUAAAUCAUCCCAGAUUCUUCACUUUACUCUGUCAAGUAUUAAAAGAUUUAGACCGUGCAGUCAGAGAAGUAUCCAAGCAUUAUAAUUCUAAAGUAUCCCUAGAACACCAGUUGCCUACAGCCUCACAGAAACUCAAAACUACAGAUGAAUGUGUUGUGUCUUCAUUAAUAUCUUUAGUCACAUGUACAAGUAAAUUAUCAUCGUUCCUGUCGGGUAAUAUAGAUUUCUUCGGUCAGACUGGUGGAUACAGGACACGGGGUAGUAGUAUUGGUAAUGACCCCAUGAUGGAAGGACCCAGGUCUAAUCCAGCCACUGUACAGUUUAGACAAAAAGCUGCCAACUAUUUAGGCUUAUUAACAAUACCAUGUCCAGAUUCAGUUCCACACAAAACAGCAGUUCAGAAUAGAAAAACUCUUCUCAGUUCAGCAGAAAGUAAAGAGGGACUCUCUAAACAGUUAACAACUUUCCAGCAGAGAGUGGGACGACUGGAACAAGACAAAGAACACUACAUGUUAGAGCUACAACUUUUACAAAUAAAAUAUGACAAUGAAAUCCAGAAAGUGAAAAAGAUAGAAAAAGAAUUGCAAGAAAUAAAGCGCAGAUCUCAAAGAACUGAUUCUAUUGAAGAUAACAUUACAAUUGUUAUGCCAAGUGCCUCAACCAGUGAAACUCAGUCCAAGCCUUCAGUGCUAACCAGCCAAAUUGGUAAACUAGAAGCUAUAUCCUCACCAGGAACAGACGCUGACACUAGGGAAAGUCUGAUUAAAAACCAUUUUACACAUCGUAUAAAUGAACUGACAUUGCAGCUACAGGAAGCAGAUAGCAAAUCUGUUAGCUUUCACUCUGAGGUAAGAGCCUUACACAAACAGUUACAGAUAUCAGAUAAAACCAAGUAUAGAGCUGAGGAUGAACUUAAAGAUACAGCACAAAGUCUGGCUCAACUCAAAGAUGAAUAUCAGACGACUACUAAGAGUUAUGAAGGACAGUUAAGUAUGAUGAGUGAACAUUUAGCAGGACUGAACGAAAAACUAACACAACAAAAAGAUGAAAUUGAUGAACUAAGAGCACAAGCAUCUUCCAAGAGUGGUAAAAAGUUCAGAAGAUAACAGUUACAAAGACAUUAGUGUUUAAAGUUGAAUUUUGAUUUGAUACUGGUGAUAAAAAACAGAAACUUCAUUGUUCUGCCUCAAUUGUUGUGUCUACUGUGAUGGACUGCUCACUAUUUACUGAAAGUACAGCAAUUAUGGAAGUUUAAAGUUAUGAUAUUCUGAGCAGUUAUGGUAUACAAGAAGCAAUAUUUAUGUUUAAUAAACAAAAACUGUUGAAAAACAAUUAAUUUGUAACUAGUAAACAGCUACACAUUUACAACUUUGAUGCAAUGACACUUCAACUUUUGGCAAAUUGUUAGCUUGAAACUUUUCUUCCAAAAAAUACCUUGGAUUCAUGUAUUUUUCUGUGGUACCAAUUAUCUUUGAUUAAGGAAAAAUUGUAGCUUCUUAAUAAAAAAAAAUUGUGGUAUCAAUUAUUUCUCCACGAAAAUCUGCAGGGAAAUUUCCAUUAUACAAUGUACUAUCUAAAUUCAAAAUACAAAUUUUUAUUUUCAUGCAACAACUAGCUUGUUUAAAAAUAUUUUCCCAAAAAGUGGAAUUUACUACAGCGUUUUCUCUGAAGAAGUAAUAGAGAAAAUCAUCAACUUCAGUAUACAUAAAUAUAUUUUAAGAUGUGAUAUUUCCGUGUUUAUAUUGUAUGGGGGAGUGUGCACCAGGGAGAAUUGUAACAAAAAUUUCCUGUAAAUAUCAUAUUAAUUAUAUAUACAUAAUCUCCACAAACUUUAUAUAUAUCUUGCCUAACUGCACAACAAUAUUUGAUAUUAUAUAAGGACAAUUAGUCUUUACACAUGUAAUGAUUUGAAAAUGAAAUUUAUAUACUUAUAAUAUUCCAUAAAAGACCUAGUCCAAAUAAACUCAUCAUAGAUACAAUAGCUUUAUGAAUGCAAUUGAUUGUAAAAAAAAUCAUUUCUGUAAUUUCAGAAAUUUUUGUGUGCAUUUGUUAUUGUGAUUUUGUCAUUUUAGACUUACAAUAUUAAGAAAAUUCCUGUUUAAAUUCAUAUAAAGUAUUUCAAAAUGCGAGUUUGAAUUCAUGAGUUUACAACACUGUCUCAUUUUCCAAAAUAAUAAAAACCUUGCAAUAAUUUUUGAAAUUACAGUAAUUGAUUUUCAUGAUUACAAUUUUAGAUUGCUUUGUAGGUCUUUUUCUUAAUUCAUGGCUUAAAUUUACUCAGAGUUCCGUUCAAUGCUCAAUCUCUUCUGCAUUCCUAAGACCCUCAAGAAAAUUUUAAAUUCCAUUUGAUUCAUUUAAUAUUGAUCAAAUGAAAAUGUCUUUUGCAGAAUUCUAAUCAUUCAUCUGGAUCACCAGAAAUAUAAUGGUGGACUUAAUUUUUUUUUUAACUUUCUGUGACAAAAAGAUAUAUUAUAUUUUUAUCAUUCAUAUUUGCUUGUUAUCGUCAUUAAUAUAACUAUCUCUGUAAGAUUAAGUUCCAUUCUGUAUGUAGGUAUUAGGUUUUUAUCAUAAUGCAGACCAUCAUGCAAAUCUUUAUUGCUUAGAUAUAUUGAUUAUUUACCCCCCAAAAAGAAGGGGAGACAAUUCCCGGAUUGCAACAUUUAUUAAUUGUCCAUCAUUAAAAUGGUUGCCAAUAAAAGAGAUUUAUGAUAACAUAUCAAGUAAAUGGCAUUAAACAUUUAAUAAUAGAUAUAUACAAUAAAUAUGCAUUUUAACAUUUUGUGCAAUAUGAUAAUAUAAAUAGGGAAGUGAAUGAUCAUUCAAUUUAUAAUUUUUUAUUAUUUUUUUUAUAUUAGGUAUCAGGCACUCUUUGAAUUACUGGAUCUGUGAGUUGUCUUUAAAUAUCAGGAAAAACUUUAUGUUGCUUGAAAAGCAUUGAAUUAAUUGGUUUCUGUCUAACGUUUUUGAAUAAAGGUACCUUUUGAAAAAUUAAACAAGAUAGAAUUACUACAUGAUGUAAAUGAUACACAUUUAAUGGCAUUAUUUGGUGCUUUUAACAUUUUCUUUGUUUUUAAAUUAAAUUAAUUGAUUUGAUCUUUAAUGUUUAAGGUAAACCAAAACAAAUUCUUUUGAUUUUUUCUGCAAUAGUGUGAGAUCAGAUUUUGUAAGGGGAAUUGUUGUUUGCUAUACAACAAGGCACUUAAUACCUCAGAAUAAUCAAAAUGCGUUUUAAAUAUUUUAAGAAAUGAUUUGGUUAUGUAUCUGUGUUUGACUAUGUAUCUGUGUAGCUCCCUUCUACAAAUUUACUAGAUAUAUAUAUAAAAGUAAGAGUAGAAAUUUUGUGCAAGAAUAGUGCAAUUAAAUUGUAUGU